ACGGAAUAGUAGGCGUGCUGAGAAACGAGUAUACUUUUUGCUUUCUGAGAUAGCCUUCCGGAACUUUGGUUAUCCAUCGGUAUAUAGGAGGUAUACUGUGGCGCCAGGCACUGGCUAACGCGGCUCGAAUUUGCAAAUGGGUGUGUCGUACUAAGAGGCUUGCGCCCCUACCCUCAUUCUAUACCACAGAGCCAUUACUCCCCUCCAUUUUACACCGAAUUUCAAAAGCGGGCCGAGAAGAAUCUUCUGGAAGGGUGCUACGAGCAGACUCAGGAGGUGGGGGUCGGUGUGGAAAAGAACAGACGGAUUUUUUUUUUCUCUCCUGGCAAAUGAGGAGCGCCCCCCGCCACCCCUCCUCAUCAACAACCCCCACAAGCGCACAUGCGCACUUAGGUGGCAGGAGGAUACUUAAGGCGCGGCCACCGGGGCUGCAGCAGUGCGCCUAACAGCGGACUCCGAGACCCGCAGACCUCGCUCUUGACCACCCAGCGACUCUGAACCAUGGCCACAGUGGCAGCAGCCUCGGCAGAACUGCUCAUCAUCGGCUGGUACAUCUUCCGCGUGCUGCUGCAGACCCUGUCCCCAGUGCGCCGGCGCCCGGCCGGGAACAAAGACUCAGGGGUGCGGCGGUCGCCCGCUGCGGACGAUCGCGACCAAGGCGGUGUUCCUGGAAUGCUGCAUUUACUGGGUAGGAUUCGCUUUUCGAAAUCCUCCAGGGACACAGCCCAUUGCGAGAAGUGUUCAGGUACUCCCUGCAGAAGCUGGCGCACACGGUGUCCCGGACCGGGCGGCAGGUGCUGGGGGAGCGCAGGCAGCGAGCCCCCAACUGAGGGCCCAGCUCCCAGCCCUGGGCGGCCAUGUCAUCAGGUGCUCCUGUGCCUCUCGACCAGAAUGGGAGCCAGUGCCGCGCAGGAAUGGGGGUUCCCCUGUGCUCCCUCGUCAGAGGAGCACUUGCCAAGGUCAGUGAGGGGCUGGUAGGACCCCGGAGAAGCAGCACCGACAAUGAUGAAGAUAUCAGUUCCCUUCCCAGCCCCUUUGCCCCCAUCCCUCUACUGGCGGGUGGGAGAGGAGGGGGAAAACGGGAGCAAACCCUCGAGAUAUGGGCGUAGGCUCCACCUUCUGUGGACCAAGUUGGAACACCACCAUCUCCACGGCACGAGAGAGCACAGAGAUUCAACACACCACCAAAAAGCAGAAUGGACACUGACAUCACCAGCUGAAGCCCUGAAUCUUGGAGCAGAAGAGAAAGCAUCAAUUGCGUGCUGCGUGAAGGGACUGGAGGACGUGGGUGAGGGAGGAAGAAGGUUGAGAAAUUCAGUGGGGCCCUCUCAAUGUCCCUUGCCUACAGCAUACACAUUCCUGCCUUGCUCCCUUACUCCCCUUAUUCUCCUGCCUUCUAAACCCCUCCCCAAAGUCACUUGAUCGGACCUAUAUAUACAACCAGUAAUUGAAUCCCACCUUCACCAAAACACCUUCUCCGACCCCCCCCCCCGGCCUUUCACUGAUCUUGCUUAUCCCUGGUCUCACGAAGCGCUUGUGAUCAAUAUUGUGGUAGUUGCUAAUUGUACUAGUUUAAGUGUGCACUAGUUGUGUCUCCCCAGCUAGAUUGUAAGCUCCUGGAGAACAGGGACCACCCUCCACAAAAAAAUAAAAAACGGACCUCUCCUGUC